CCGAGCCCUGUACCUGGAAGCAGUUCUGACCCCAUAAGUUGGGAUCCAUGGCUGCAGUGCUAAUGUGCCGAAGAUUCCCAAGGCUGAGCAGGGUGACCACACUUGUGACCACAGCCACACGCAAGGCCGAGGGCGGGAGCAGCAAAAGGAAGCAGCAGAAGGAAGAGAGCCUGGAAAAAGCUGACGCUGGAGCCGACCCCGUGGCCACAAUCCAGCUGCUGAACCCCCUGCACUACAGAGUGUUGUAUAAUCCAGAUGCCUAUGCCAAAAGCAGAGCUGCCUCCCAGCAGCACCCUGCUAGCAGCAGUGGCCAGGCUCUCAGUGAUGAUUUCACCACCUCUUCCCAAGCCUUGCCACCCAUCAGAAAUGCCCUGCCAAAGGCCAAGGCCAAACUGCACCCCCAGCAGACUGUCUCAGCCUGUUUCUCUACACCACAAACCAAGGAGGAAGCAGAGAAUGAAAGCCAGGAGAUGCAUGACUCCAAGGAGGAUCCUCGUAUGUUUCAGAAGGGGAGGCCUGAGUAUAGGUUUGUCAGCUAUGACAGGUUUGAGCCAGCAGAGCCCCUUUCAUUAGAAGAAGCUGACUCCAUUCUCUGCAGCGUGGCUGCACACAGGGACAGCCAGAGCCCCGGAGCCAUCGCUGACGCUUUCCGCAAGCUGAGCUGUUUGCUGGUGGGGCACCACGCAGUGCUGGUGGCCAGUGCCCAGUUUGAUACACUGUGUGGCUGUGCCAUGGAGAACAUCAGGUCAUUCAGCACUUCAGAUCUCAUUGAUGUCUUAAAGGCUUGUGUCUGUCUGGCUGUUCCACCCAGCCACCCUCUGCUGAAUGCUUGUGACAGCGAGUUCUGCCGGCGGGUGUGGGACAUGGACCUGGACCAGCUGCUGCUGGUGGCCGACUGCUGGCGCUGUCUGGAUCGUAGUGUGCCUUCCUACCUGAGCAUUUUGUUCAGCUAUGCCAACAUGCAUUGGAAAGACCUCACCUUACCCCAGUUUGUCCAGCUCCUUUAUAUCAUAGGUGAAGGCCAGAGGUCACCUGUGGACUUGAUGCAGAAGGUGGAGAGCGUGAUUUUGAAGUACUUGGACUCCUUCACCUUGGAGGAGGUGGGUGCUGUCUGCCUAGGGCUCUUCAAGUCCCUCAGUGGUAUCUCUGACCAUGUCAUGAGAAGGAUUGCAGACAGAGUCUCCCUGCAGAUGGAGGACAUGAGCACUUAUGCUCUGGUGAACGUGCUGAAGCUCCUGCGCUGCACCCGCAUGGACCACUUACCCCUGCUGAAGGAGCUUGGGAAGGUCGUUCCCGCUCGCAUUCCCACCACAAACAUCCAGGGCAUCAUGCACAUUGCUCUUACUUGUUCGUCCUUACACUACUUUGAUGAAGGUGUUAUGGCUGCUGUAGCCACCUCUCUGCCCUCAAAGGUGACUUACUGCCGGAGCAAAGAUGCUGCCAAGUUGUUGUGGUCAUAUGGAUGCCUGGACUAUGAACCUCCUAACAGGGAAGAGUUUUACUCCAGCCUGAUAGAGCAGAUGCAUAGAAAACUCCAUGAAUUUAGGAAGUUUCCAGAGCAUCUCCUUACUGGUUUACUUGGCCUGGCAUUUGUCAAACGCUUCCCAGAGGAGCUGAUAGACUAUGCUUUGAGGGAUGACUUUGUGGAGAAAACAAGAGGUAGCAAAUAUGAGCUCCAAAAGGACCUGUUCACCCUUGGGAAAAGUGUUGAAAUUGAGUGCCCAAGUUACCAAGGCAGCCGCCUUUCACCUCAGCUUUAUCAAGAGAUGACUGAGAUGGUUUUGAAUUUUGCAGAGCAAGAAAUCUAUGUCAGGCCUGAAAUUGUGGAAGCCACAUCUCUUCUGGAGAGCAUGUUAGGUGGCCUGGAGUACGUGAAAAUUCACAUGAUCCUGCCUCACACCAGAUCAAGCGAUCUGGAGGUUCACUUGGCCAUGGAUGGACAUCCCAUCCCUUUCAAUUUCAAGGACAAUGUUAGGGGUAAGACAUUAAAAGACAUUGGGGUUAGUCUAACAGAUGACUUAAUGACUCAGCUCAUAAAAGGAGGGUCUCAUAGCCAGUCUCCUCUGGGAGUGGGAAAUGAAGCCAGCACCCCUGGUGAGGACAGGAGAGAAGCAGCACAACCGCCACACGCUGGGGAUCAUACUGCACUUUCAUGUGGAGCUCUUACCGCAACCACUGGCUUGGGAGUGGAGCUUAAAUCAGGGCCUAAGUCAGCCCUCCCUUCUCCUGCGUGGAAGCAGCAGCCUCGGGAGGUGAAACUGGCCAUUCAGGUGUCCAACAAAAACCACUACUGCUACUGCUCCAAGCGCCUCUUGGGGCUGCACCGCUUGAAGCGGCGGCAGCUGCAGCAGCUGGGCUACGUGGUGGUGGAGCUGCCCUUCUGGGAGUGGUUCCCUCUGCUCAAACGCACGCGCCUGGAGAAGCUGAGCUACCUGCAUUACAAAGUGUUCGACCCCGCGCUGCUCAGCAGGGCUGCCUAGCGUGGGGUGGCUGGCUCAGAGCCUGGCCCAACCUCCCAGAGGUGUCUUCUCUUUGGAUUGCUGGUUCCAGUGGUCUCUGAGGGUUGGCUCAGUGUUUGGCAGGUGCUCAGGCUGCCCAGCUUAGUUAGGCAGUUCUGCUCUGCCAGCAGUCCUGUGUCCCAUGCUCUCUUCUUGUAUGUGGAUCCUCAGAUGCUUUCAUGACAAA